AUGGUCCCUACCGCCAACAAGCCGGCCGCCGGGGUCCCUUUCUACACCCCCGCGCAGGACCCCCCCGCCGGCACCGCCUCGGACCCGGACGCCGCGCCGACGCUGUUCCGGCAGCUGCGCAUCCGCGACGUGCGCCUGGCCAACCGCGUCGUCCUCUCGCCCAUGUGCCAGUACUCGGCCCGCGACGGCCACCUGACCGACUACCACCUCGUCCACCUCGGCCAGUUCGCCCUGUCCGGCGCCGCCCUGACCAUGGUCGAGGCCAGCGCCGUCGAGCCCCGCGGCCGCAUCUCCCCCGAGGACUCGGGCAUCUGGGCCGCCUCACACGUCGCGCCCCUGCGCCGCAUCACCGACUUUGUCCACUCGCAGAACCAAAAGGUCGGCAUCCAGCUUGCCCACGGGGGGCGCAAGGCUAGCACGCUGGCCCCGUGGCUGCGCGAGGGCCAUGCUCCCGCUGCACGCGUCGUCGCCGGCGAGGCCGACGGCGGCUGGCCCGAUGACGUGGUGGCGCCCUCGGCCAUUCCCUACGCCGACGACUGGCCGGCGCCCCGCGAGCUGUCCGUACCGGAAAUCGAGGCCAUCGUCGAGGCCUUUGCCGCUGCCGCCCGGCGCGCCGUCGAGGCCGGCUUCGACGUCGUCGAGAUCCACGCCGCGCACGGCUACCUCCUGGCCGAGUUCUUGUCGCCCCUGACCAACAGGCGAACGGACCGGUACGGCGGCAGCUUCGAGAACCGCAUCCGCCUCGUCGUCCAAGUCAUCCAGGCCGUCCGCGCCGCCGUCCCCGCCGGCAUGCCCGUCUUCCUGCGCAUCUCGGCCACCGAGUGGAUGGAGCACACGGGCGAGCCGACGUGGGACCUGCAGCAGUCGAUCCGCCUGGCCCAGCUGCUGCCGGGCCUGGGCGUCGACCUGCUCGACGUGUCGUCGGGCGGCAACAGCGCCGCGCAGAAGAUCGACCUCCACCCCUACUACCAAGUCGAGCUGGCCGGCCAGAUCCGCGCGGCGCUGCGGCGCGAGGGCAAGCAGCUGCUGGUUGGCGCCGUCGGCAUGAUCUCCAGCGGCAAAAUGGCCAGAGACAUUGUGCAGGGCAGCGGCGAUGAUGAGACGAGCGCGGCGGACGAGGGCGACGGGCAUAGGCCGCAGGCCGACGUGGUGCUGGUCGGGCGGCAGUUUCUAAGAGAGCCCAACUUUGUGCUCAAGAUGGCCAAGGAGCUGGGCGUCGCCGUUAAGUGGCCUAACCAGUACCACCGGGCCCCGAGAGUGCAUGGGUAG